AUGCAAGGAAGGCGGCCCAGCAAAACCUUGAAGCCGAAACCGAAGGCAACAAGGAAGAGCGUGAAGAAGCCCACACUCUCAGUGGGGGUGCAAAAGAUCAAGGCUGGAAAGGGGUCACAGGUGUCUCCUGACGAAGCUCAGGCCGUGGGCCACUUGGUGAUGCUGUUGAAAGCCAAGAAGAUGCGCAGCAUUCUGAACACGGCGCCGCCACCGCAACUCCCAAUCUCAGCUUUGAAUGAGGCACAUCCUGAGACCGGCCUGACACCGCUGGCGUUGGCGCUCGCACACGGCCAUGUCAGCUUGGUGCCAUCGCUCGUCAGCCUCAAGGCAGACGUGAAUGCUCCAGAUCCGAAAGGUGAUACACCACUCAUCAUGGCUGCAACAACUGGCGACGUGGCGGCUAUCGCUGCGUUGAUCGAGGCGGGGGCGUCCCUCACGCAGAAGAACAAGGAUGGGCGGCAGGCUUUGGACUUGGCAUCGACGGUCCCAGCUCGAGCUGCGCUGAUGACCUCCACCGUGCGGAAGAUCGCGGGGCUGCCGCGGCCUGUGUCGGCAUCCCUAGCACCGAUCCGGAGGCGGCGAUCCUCAGCCGCUGUUCAUCAUCGCUUCCGCCUGGAAGACUUGCCGGAUACACUGGGUACUGCCGACCUUCUGGAGGGGCACAUCCGAUCUCUCCUCCGGCGAGUUGGCGCACCAAGGCCGGAUGUCCUGGACAUCCCCGUAGAUCCGAUCCGGCAGAAAGCCAAAGGUCUGGCGUACCUAGAGUACGCAGACAAUGCUGCGGCUGACAAAGCCGAAAACAUGUUCGAGGAGGCCCAAGACCAGAAAGGGCCGAUGGGCACAAUGGCCAGGCUUGUGCGUGAGGGCACCGUGCCAGCCAGGAGACCAUCCACCCCUGGCCCAAGGGGCCACUAG